UGCAACCGUGGGGCUCUAUAAAAGCAGCUGCGGGAGUCCCCUCGACUCCCUACAGCUCAAUUCACAUCAAUUACAACCAUCAUGAGACUCCAAAGCUCUCUCCUGCUCUCUGUCGCUGCUGCGUCGGUGGUGGCGGCAGAGACCCAGUUCUAUUUCUACGGGUUCGGUCGCGCGGGCGUAGAGUCGUCGACCGAUGCGCUCGCAGACGAAGGCGGCUGGAUCCAGCUUCCAUUCGAGUUCUCGGACAACUCUCUGAUUGCUAAUAUCACGAUUGGCACUCCUCCGCAGGAAGUCGGUCUUAUUAUCGAUACUGGUUCCUCAGAAUUUUGGGUCCAGACUGCGGCGAACCCGUUCUGUGAAGACCCUGAUUCAGACGAUCCGUGCGUUUAUGGGACAUACAACAGCUCAGCUUCUUCGACCGUCAGUCGACUUGAGGAAGCUUUCUAUCUCUCUUAUCUGGAUAAUACAUACGCUAAAGGUGUCUAUGCUGUUGAAACCUUUGGAGUCGGCGGCGCGACGCUGUUGAACCAGACGUUCGCUAUUGCCUCGAAAGGAAAUAUCUCGAGCGGUCUCAUGGGCGUGGGUUUCGAGUCUGUCGAAUCCGCAGCUACUAAAUACAAUGGAGUACUUCACUCUUUGAAAGACCAGGGAUAUAUUUCCUCUAUGGUGUAUUCACUCUACACCAACGAUCUUGGUUCGGCUGGUAAUCUUCUCUUUGGUGGUAUUGAUCGGGCAAAGUACGAUGGUGACUUGGUAUCAUUGCCUAUCGCGCCGAAUGAUGAAGGCCAAUACCAGGAUCUGAGAGUUUAUCUCCAGUCAUUCGGGAUAGAAAAUCCGGAUAAGAAGACUAAGACCUUCAACUCAAGUAUAAACACGGCUUUUGUUCUUGACUCGGGUACCACUGGUAUGAACCUUCCGACCGAUUUGUUCAUGGAUCUCGUUGACUACCUCGGCGCCGAGCUCAACUCCACAUACGACGCGUACAUAUUCAGCAACUGUCAAGACUAUGUAUCAUUCGACGAUGGAUCCAGCAACUAUACUGUGAUUUUCGGUUUCGACGGCAUAACCAUCAAAGUGCCUCUCGCGUACGUCGUCCAGUCUCUCUCCGAUGACGACCACGAUACGUGUGCUAUAUCCGUCGCCCCGAGCAACGAUCCAUAUUCAUAUAUUCUCGGCGACUUCUUUCUCAAUGCAGCCUACGCGGUCUACGAUUUCGAAAACUACGUGAUUGCUCUAGCGCAGGCGAACUAUGAAGUUGAGAGGGAAGACAUCGUUGCUGUUCGGAGCGGCAAUAAUUCGAUUGCUGAUGCGGUGGCUUCUUAAGUCCAUGAUUUCCUACGGCGCAUUGUUUUUGUUAUUAUCAUUGCGUUUAUGAAAGGUGUUUGGAUGCUCUGGAAAGGUACUUUCUAGAGUUAUAAAUGUUUACAACUAGCUUGUUUAUUCACUGGCAUUAGGACUUCCUUUGUUGUAUGAAUCGUUUUGUUUAUAAAGUAGAAUCUUGCUACAAUAGCUCAUUUUCUGCCAGAAGCUCGCAUCGACAUAUUGUAGCUAAACUGUUA